CCCAGGGUAGCCCUGAAGCACGCGGGCAGUGGUGCCCAGAAAGCAGCACCCAACACCCCUGCCCCUACCUCCCAGGACACCCAAAGAAGAGAAGCCACCAUGCACUUCCAUGAAAGCCUGCAGGACCUGGCAGACAGUGAGGCUGUGCGCUUUCUGAGGAAACCAAAGAGCAUCUCGAGGAUCUGCGGAGGGGUCUUUUCCCUGGUCAUCUUUUCCUCUCUACUAACUGAUGGCUACCAGAACACAACAGAGUCUCCUCAGCUCCACUGCGUCCUCAACAGCAACCGCAUGGCCUGUAGCUUCGCAGUAGGAGCUGGCUUCCUGUCCUUCCUCAGCUGUCUGGUCUUCCUUACCUUGGACACCCAAGAGGGCCACAUCACAGGCACCCGCUUUAAGACAGCCUUCCAGCUCUUGGACUUCAUCCUGGCUGCCAGCCAGUGGCAGCACUCGAAGUCUGAGCAUUUCCUCUUGGGGAACAGCAGCGCCAAGGCAGCCAUUGCCUUUGCUUUCUUCUCUGUCCCUGUCUGGAUAUUCCAGGCCUACGUGGCCUUCCAGGACCUCCGAGACGAGGCUCCAGUCCCCUACAAGCGCUCCCUGGAUGAGGGUGGUGUGGUGCUGAACACGCUCCCCGCUUCAUCCACCAGUAGCCCUCCCACCACAGUCCCCAACACUCUGAGUUACACCAGCUCAGCCAGGGCCCCCUAUAUGACCACUCCAAAGGCCCCUCGCCUGGCUAUGAUGCCAGACAGCUAAACAGCC